AUGUCUCUCUUAAGACACUGUCCACAUGCAUCAAUGGAGGAACAAUAUGAAAUUCAAGCUGAAUGGAAAUGGCCGCUCCAAAAGUCAACACUAGUAAAGACUCACACGGAGAGAUUUGAGGAGAUAGGGAAGAAGAUCAAGAGAGAAUCUGACGCCUUCUCUCAAAUGGGAAGAAGACACAUGUUGGGGCCUCCCGGAACCCUAAACACGAUCACGCCAUGUGCGGCGUGUAAGCUUUUGAGACGACGCUGUGCUCAAGAAUGUCCCUUUUCUCCAUAUUUCUCCCCACAUGAACCCCAAAAAUUUGCUUCUGUUCACAAAGUUUUUGGUGCAAGCAAUGUUUCUAAGAUGUUGAUGGAGGUUCCAGAGAGCCAAAGAGCAGAUGCUGCAAAUAGUCUUGUUUAUGAGGCUAAUGUGAGGUUAAGAGAUCCAGUUUAUGGGUGCAUGGGAGCAAUUUCUGCUUUGCAGCAACAAGUUCAAUCUUUACAAGCAGAACUAAAUGCAGUAAGGGCUGAGAUACUGAAAUACAAGUAUAGAGAAACCAAUAUCAUUCCAUCUUCUCACAUAAGCCUGCUUUCUUCUGGGGCUGUUUCGAUUGCUGCACCACCACCUGCCCGGCUUCCACCACCUCCUCCGCCUCCACCACCUCCUUCACUUCCUCUAACAUCGUCGUCUUCUCCCAUGUACACCCCACCAUCUACUGCUGCUGAUUUUAGCUCCAUUUCAAAUGAUAAUAUCACCUAUUUUGGUUAA